AUGGAAACGAAGCGGAGGAAGACAGAAGAGUUUCCGGCGGAGGGUUCUAGGGACCCCGGUGCCGUGGAUUCUAUGAAGCUCAGCGGCGAUAGUGGAGAUGAUAGGAGUGAUCUCAGCGAUAUUCAUUCGAAUUCCAAUGCUGAGGGCUUAGAUGACGACGUUCAAAAACCGGAAGAGCAUCCACAUGAAGUUGCUGGCGUUAAGCCUAGCACCAAUGUUGAGGAGGUGCAUUUCAAACUGGAAGGGCAUCCACAUGAAGUUGCUGGCGUUAAGCCUAGCACCAAUGUUGAGGAGGUGCAUUUCAAACUGGAAGGGCAUCCACAUGAAGUUGCUGGCGUUAAGCCUAGCACCAAUGUUGAAGAGGUGCAUUUCAAACUGGAAGAGCAUCCGCAUGAAGUUUCUGGCGUUAAGCCUAGCACCAAUGCUAAGGAGGUGUUUUUCAGAGGCGUUAGGAAGAGACCAUGGGGAAGACACGCCGCUGACAUCAAGGAUCCUCGGAGGAAGGGCUAUGUUUGGCUUGGAACUUUUGAUACGGCGGGGGAAGCUGCCAAGGCGUAUCAGGCGUAUGAUGCCGCUGCCAGGGAGCUUCAUGGCCCCAAGGCCAAGACCAACUUUCCUAUGAAAAUCAAUAAGGCAGAUCAUGACCAUACUAUAAAACAGAAAAUGUGUCCAAGCAGAAUGUGUUUAAGUGAAAUUACUGAUGAUAAGUCUAAGCCUAAUGCCAAUGCUAAAGAGGUGCAUUUCAGAGACAUUCAGAAGAACACCGAUGUGGAAGUGUAUGUCACCGCCGCGAGGGAGUUUCUUGGCCCCAAGGCCAAGACCAACUUUCCUGUGGAGAUCAAUGUGGAGAAUAAGGCUGACCAUUACCAUACUAUAAUCAUGGACAGAAUUUGGGAAUUGAACAAAAAGAAAGAUAUUGCGUGCCUUAUUUUGUCAUAUCCUCCUUUGAACUUGGUGAGCAAAGAGAGGCACAAAGGCUGGAUUAUGGAUGUUUUAGCAAUAACUCACAAAGUAAGAAAAUUGAAAGCGUCUUCCAAAGAGAAAGAGGUAAAUCUUCCAGAGCUGGUUUCUGACAUCACUGGACUACUUUACCAUUCAUUCCAUGAUAUUGAAGCUUACGUUCCACAUGAUAUGAUAGAGGAGAUGCGUGAGGAGACUACUGAGAGUAGAAUGCCUGAAAAGGAAGUGCUAAAUCUGACUAUUGAUUUUGCUAUUCGCCAAAUUUUAGAGUACAUAGAAAUUCCUGAACUUCGAAGGAUUGGCAUUUCAGGAAUAGAUGAUACAAGGCUUGUGUCAAGAUUGAAGAAUUUGCCAUCGAUAAGGAACAUGUUUGAUGUUAUUAUUCUUGUUAGUGCCUCUAAUUAUAAGACCAUUGAAGAAAUUGAAGAUAGCAUCGCAAGAGAAUUAGGUCUCUCAACAGUGAGCACACAACAAGUAGAUGAAUUGCUGAAAAACAAAAACUUCUUAAUCCUUCUGAAUGACAUAGAUCAUUCGAUAAAAUUGAAUGACGUGGGGACAAACUUGUGGAAUUUGAAGAACAUUCAGAAGAUAGUUUCUACAUCUAGAUUUCCUGGAGUUCAUCACAUGCAAGUGGAUCUGGAGAUCAGGUUGAAGGAUCAUCUACUAUCAUGGGAAUUGUUUUAUAGGAAUGUUGAAAAAGUGCAUUCUUUGAGCAUCGGUAUCCAACUCCAAGCCAUACAUGUGUUGAAACAGUGUUGUGGCCAUUUACUUGCCACAGUUCUAAUGGCAAGAGCCUUGAAAGGUGUCAACAAUGUUCGCAUCUGGGAAUAUUCAUCUCAUGCACUGCAGUUGCUACCACCAUCACAAACGGAAGAUAGAAUUUUGUUUAAUGCAUUAGCAUUCAUUUGGGGGCUUUUAGGUUCAGCAGAUCAGAAAUGUGUAAAAUACUGUGCAUCUUACUUGGAGAGGGAAGGGACAGACAACGUUGAUUUGAUUGGAAGGUGGAUCAAAGGCGGAUUAAUUGGAUCGAUUGAUGAAGGGGAUGAGAUUAUUCGAAAUCUUGUCAAUGCCUUGCUAUUGGAGAGUUUUCAGAAUGGAAAUUCAGUGCGAAUGCGAGAUGAAAUCUUCAAGGAGUUAGUAAAAUUGUUUAAAACUGAAAUGAACCCAAUGCUUCUUGAACUAGGUGGGAUGGAACUAAGGGAGGCACCAGUAGAAGAGGCAUGGAAGGAAGCUGGGAGUAUUCUCUUGAUGAAUAAUAGAAUAUCUAAGCUACCGAAAAAUCCUCAUUGCCCAAAACUCAACAUAUUAUUCUUACAAGUCAACCAUCAUCUGAGAGUCAUUCCUCCAUUUUUUUUCGAAUGCAUGCCCAUCCUUCAAAUCCUAGACUUGUCCCAUACUAGGAUAAGAUGUUUACCACAAUCUCUUUUUAAAUUGGUCCUACUCCGAAAAUUAUUUUUAAAAGGUUGUGAACUCUUCAUGGAGCUCUCACCUGAAGUUGGAGGACUGAGUCAUCUUGAGGUGCUUGAUCUUCAAGGGACUGAAAUCAUAAAUUUGCCUGCUAGCGUUGGGAAAUUAACAAAUUUGAGAUGCUUGAAAGUGUCAUUUUAUGGGUAUAACAACAACAGUAGAAAAAACCACAAACCAGAUACAGUCAUUCCUAAGAAUGUGAUAGCCAAUUUGCUUCAAUUGAAAUAGUUAAGCAUAGAUGUGAAUCCAGAUGAUGAGAGAUGGAAUGUGACCGUGAAAGAUAUUGUAAAGGAAGUUUGCAGCUUAGAUCAGUUGGAUUCUCUUAAACUUUACUUGCCAGAUGUUGUACUUUUGAAUGGCUUGAGGAAUGGUUCAUCAUCAACGGAACUGUCACUGAUGCACUAUAGGUUUAUUGUUGGCAGCCAUAUGAAGCGCAUAAUAUCCCGACUACCACUGGAAAUUGCGGGUAAAUUUGAAGAACAAGAAAGAUGCUUGAAAUAUGUAAAUGGUGAAGGUGUCCCAACUGAAAUUAAGGAGGUACUCCAGCAUGCUACUGCAUUGUUCCUGGAUCGUCAUUUAACUCUUACCAGUUUAUCUCAGUUUGGGAUUGGAAAUAUGGAGAAUCUGAAAUUUUGUGUAUUAGGAGAAUGCAAUCAGAUCCAAACCAUUGUAGAUACAGAUAAUGAUGGAGAUGUUCUGCUUGAAUCACUACAAUAUUUGAAUCUUCAUUAUAUGAAGAAUUUAAGGAGCAUCUGGAAGGGGCCGCCUAGUGGGAGAUCUCUACUCAGUCUAAAAUCUUUGAUGUUGUAUACCUGCCCUCAAUUGGCUACAGUCUUUACUUUGAAUUUGCUAGAAAAUCUCUACCACUUAGAGGAGCUUGUGGUUGAAGACUGCCCUGAAAUCAACAGCUUAGUGACUGGUGAAGAUCUAUCAGAUCUACCACUAUGUCUGGAUUAUCUUCCAAAGUUGAAGAAAAUAUCACUUCAUUACUUGCCUAAAUUGGUCAGUAUUUCAAGUGGUUUGAGGAUUGCACCAAAUUUAGAGUGGAUGAGCUUCUAUGGUUGCCCAAGCCUCAGAACUCUUUCCCCAUAUGAAUGCAGGCUUGAUAAUUUGAAGGUGAUAAUAGGAGAGGCAGACUGGUGGAGCGCUUUGAGUUGGGAAAAAUCAGAAUGGCUUCGGAUACCAAAUCUGGACUCUAUCUUUGUUCCAAUUGAAAGGGACAAAGAUUGGAUGACACAGUUAGCAGAAUUGAACAAUCAACUUAAAGCUUGGAUGCAAUAAACAAAGCCUUCUCAACCGUCAGGUUCUGGAACAAGCUCAAAGCAGAAGCAAGUGCUUGGGGCACUCUCAGGACACCAAAUGGCUACUUCGAGCUCGAUGAGUGCGGGAAAAUUAAGCCUUGACUUGGAACUUUAAUUUCCAGACCAUUGCUGACUGUUAUUUCUUUACUUCUUUUACAUUAUGUUUGGUUGUGAAGAAAAGGAAACUUAGAACCUUACAAAAACUAUGUUAAUUUGGAUUAUCAAGCCUUGCUUCUCUGAUCUCUUUGAA